AUGGCGGUGUUUGCAGACCUGGACCUGAGCGUGAGCUCCGACCUGAAAGCGCUCCGUGGGCUGGUGGAGACUGCGGCUCACGUGGGCUAUUCCGUUGUUGCCAUCAAUCAUGUUGUUGAAUUUAAGGAAAAGAAACAGGAAAUUGAGAAACCAGUAGCUGUCUCUGAACUCUUCACAACAUUGCCAAUUGUACAGGGAAAAUCAAGACCAAUUAAAAUUUUAACCAGACUGACAAUUAUCGUUUCGGACCCAUCUCACUGUAAUGUUUUGAGAGCAACCUCUUCAAGAGUCCGGCUAUAUGAUAUCGUUGCUGUCUUUCCAAAGACAGAGAAACUUUUUCAUGUUGCUUGUACACACUUAGAUGUGGAUUUAGUCUGCAUAACUGUAACAGAGAAACUACCAUUUUACUUCAAAAGACCCCCUAUUAAUGUGGCAGUUGACCGAGGGAUCAGUUUUGAACUUGUCUACAGUCCUGCCAUUAAAGACUCCACAAUGAGAAGGUACACAAUUUCCAAUGCCCUCAAUUUGAUGCAGAUCUGCAAAGGAAAGAACAUAAUUAUAUCUAGUGCUGCAGAAAAACCUUUAGAAAUAAGAGGCCCAUAUGAUGUGGCAAAUUUAGGAUUGCUCUUUGGGCUUUCUGAAACUGAUGCCAAGGCUGCAGUGUCCACCAACUGCCGAGCUGUGAUUCUCCAUGGAGAAACUAGAAAAACUGCUUUUGGAAUUAUUUCCACAGUGAAAAAGCCUCGGCCAUCAGAAGAAGAAGAUGAUUCUCAUCCAGUUUGCAAAAAAGCCAAAUGUGAAAGCUGACAAGACCACCCCCGCCCUGGCCCUUAACUAUACUCCCUUCUUCCUUUUUAUACUCCAUCAUCCAUAGAUAAAACAGUUUUCUAUUCAUUACUAUUUCCAUUUGGGCUUGAAAUCAGUUGUCUAUUAAAAAGUUAUAUUUAAACUAUUAAAAUAAUAGUCUAGUGACGCAUUUAAAAAACAAUGCUGGAUUAACUGAAUAAAUAUA